GGGACAGUUUCAAGAAGAGCAUCAAGAGAAGAGAACUCAUUCACUGAGAGACCAAAAUAAACUGGAGGGAGAGCUGCAGCUUUUCAGUGUUUCAAUGUUCUUCAUCCAACAGAGACAAACUGCUGGAGGAAAAUAAUUCAUCUGACAGCAAAGAUGCAGUGGAGUCUGAUUCUGCUCUUCCUGAUGGGUCAGUGUUGCUUCAUUGACUGUCAGCUCUAUGAGUUUCACUACAUUAAUGAGAAUAAAACCUGGACUGAAGCUCAGCAGUACUGCAGAGAGAAACAUACUGACCUGGUCACAGUGACUAACAUGAAGGACAUGAAGAGACUCAUCAACAUCUCAGAUGGAGAUAUAAAGGAAGCUUGGAUUGGUCUGUAUGAUCAAACAAAUGGUACCAGAACAUGGUACUGGUCUCUGCCUGGACUGGAGUUCAAUGAAAGUGAGACAAAAUGGAACAAAGGAGAACCACAAGAUUACUGGUAUUACAACUGUGGAAUUUUGGGGCUGAAUGCCACAUGGUUCUCUGAUUACUGUAGAUAUUCUUCCUUUUUUCUCUGCUACGAUGAAACCAACACAACCCAUAAAUAUCACCUGAUUGAAGAAAGGAAGACCUGGCUGGAAGCUCAGAGUUACUGCAGAGAGAAACACACAGACCUGAUCAGUGGAACGAAGCAACUACAGGCUGCAUUGAAUAUGACUUUCUACAACAUGUCACUAGAUAAAUAUUUACAUACGUAUAAUAGUCUGAAAAAAAUAAAAAACUUUAGACCAAUAUAUAUUGGUCUGUUCAGAGACACUUGGAGGUGGUCAGAUGGAAGCAGUUUCUCCUUCAGACACUGGAAUCUACAGUUUAAUAAUGAGAUAAUCAAUAGUGGUCAAUGUGCCAUGACUGUGUUUGAUGAUGGAGGCAGAUGGAGAAAUGAGAACUGCACUGAAAGAAAACCCUUCAUCUGUUAUUCAGAUGAUAAAUUGAUCCUGAUCAAGGAAAAUAAAACUUGGCAUGAGGCCUUGAACCACUGCAGACAGAACCACCAUGACCUGGUCACCAUCACCAACAUGGAUGAACAGAAACAGGCCCAGGAAAAAACCAAGAACGCAUCGACUCCUUUUGUCUGGAUUGGACUGCGUUUCUACUGCAGGAUGAAUGUUUGGUUCUGGGUUUGUGAUAACUGGGUCUGGGACGGUCAGAGUGAUGAGUGCAACAUGUUUGGAGCCAUGCAGGCAGGAGGAGAGCAUCGGUGGUUCCAAAGAAACGGCAGCGAGAGAUUUAACUUCUUCUGUACUAAAUAUUAACUCUCUCUUCUCUUGCCAACAGCGUUCCCCCCUUUAUGCUUCUUUUCAUAAAGUUGCUGGUUUAUAUAAAUGGCUAAAAAUGUAGAGAUUUCAUUUUGGCAAGAAAUUACAUAAUACAGAAAAUGAAAAAUGGCUUCAGACUUUAAACAAUUUUUUGUAAAAUAUUUCUUUUUUAUAAAAUCUUUUAUAUUUCUUUUUCUUUAUGGUUUUUCAUGUGUGCAUAAAUUUUAUUUCCUGCAAAAGAUGCAGUAGUUGUGAAAGUGUGCUGAUGAAAUGUUGUGACAUUAAAGAAAAAAGUAAAAUAUACUUAAUAAAUCUUGGGAAAAAAAACAAAAACAUUGCUUCGGUAUUAAGUCUUACACUUGUCAGCUAUCCUGUCAGCCGUACUUCUUCUCAACACACACACACAAAAACAUGUUGCAUGUGUAACUGGGUUUAAAAGCUCUGACUGAAGCAAACUCUUAAACGAAAAAAACAAA